UCGCUGCCUCCGAUCCCGCUGCCUGCCUCCUUCUCGCCUCCCCUCCCGGCCCUGCUGCAUUGUGGUUCGGCCGGACCGGCGGCGGCACGGCGGCGGCGAGAGCUGAGCCGAGCCAAGCGAAGAUGGCUGAGCUGAAACAGCCGCCGAAGCACGACGGGCGGGUGAAGAUCGGCCACUACGUGCUGGGGGACACACUGGGUGUCGGCACUUUCGGCAAAGUCAAGAUUGGAGAGCACCAGCUUACUGGACAUAAAGUAGCAGUGAAAAUUUUAAACAGGCAAAAAAUUCGUAGUUUGGAUGUUGUUGGAAAGAUCAAACGAGAAAUCCAAAACUUAAAACUUUUCCGGCAUCCCCAUAUUAUCAAACUGUAUCAGGUGAUCAGCACCCCUACUGAUUUUUUCAUGGUGAUGGAAUAUGUGUCUGGUGGAGAAUUGUUUGAUUAUAUCUGUAAACACGGACAGGUAGAAGCAGCCGAAGCCAGGCGCCUCUUCCAGCAAAUUCUGUCAGCUGUGGAUUACUGCCAUAGGCAUAUGGUGGUUCACAGAGAUUUGAAACCGGAGAAUGUGCUGCUGGAUGCACACAUGAAUGCCAAGAUAGCUGAUUUUGGGCUGUCCAAUAUGAUGUCAGAUGGUGAAUUCCUGAGAACCAGUUGUGGCUCACCCAACUAUGCAGCACCAGAAGUAAUCUCUGGAAGAUUGUAUGCUGGCCCAGAAGUUGAUAUCUGGAGCUGUGGUGUUAUUCUUUAUGCUCUUCUCUGUGGGACUCUUCCUUUUGAUGAUGACCAUGUUCCAACCCUGUUUAAAAAAAUCCGGGGAGGCGUCUUCUACAUUCCUGAAUACCUCAACCGUUCAAUAGCAAUCCUGCUGAUGCAUAUGCUGCAGGUUGAUCCACUCAAACGAGCCACCAUCAAGGACAUACGAGAGCACGAAUGGUUCAAACAAGAUCUGCCUAGUUAUUUGUUCCCAGAAGAUCCGUCAUAUGAUGCCAAUGUCAUGGAUGAUGAUGCUGUGAGGGAAGUUUGUGAGAAAUUUGAAUGCACCGAGUCAGAAGUGAUGGCCAGUUUGUACAGCGGAGAUCCUCAAGACCAGCUUGCGGUAGCUUAUCACCUGAUCAUUGACAACAGGCGAAUCAUGAAUCAGGCCAGUGAGUUCUACCUCGCUUCCAGCCCACCCAGUGGCUCUUUUAUGGAUGACUCUAUGCACAUCCCCCCAGGGGUGAAACCUCAUCCAGAAAGAAUGCCUCCUCUAGUUGCAGAUAGUCCCAAAGCAAAAAGCUCUUUGGAUGCAUUGAACACCACUAAGCCAAAAUCAUUGACUGUGAAAAAAGCCAAGUGGCAUUUAGGAAUACGAAGUCAAAGCAAGCCUUACGAUAUCAUGGCUGAAGUUUAUCGGGCCAUGAAACAUCUGGAUUUUGAGUGGAAGGUGGUGAAUGCCUAUCAUCUUCGGGUGCGCAGAAAGAAUCCAGUUACAGGAAAUUACAUGAAAAUGAGUUUGCAGCUGUAUCAGGUGGACAAUCGCAGCUAUCUCUUGGACUUUAAAAGCAUCGAUGAUGAUGUCGUGGAACAAAGGUCGGGCUCUUCUACACCUCAACGCUCAAGCUCAGCAGCUCGUUUGCACAGACCAAGACUAAGUCUUGACUCCGCCAUUGUUGAUUGCCAGUCACUUUCUGGGUCCCCUACUGGCUCUUUGACCUGGAGCAUGUCCUCUGUGACCCCACGCCUUGGGAGCCACACAAUGGAUUUCUUUGAAAUGUGUGCCAGUCUCAUUAUGGCUCUGGCUGGCUGACAGGUGUCAUUCAGAGGCUUGAUUUCAGUGGGUGAGCAUAGAUACUGGUAAACCUUGUACUCAAGCUGAGUCAGGAGAGCAUGGCACGGGGCAAAGGAAGCCUCAUUUUGGACGUACAAAUAUCAGAUUCAGUACCCAGAAAAUACUUUAUAUAUUUAAGAGAGAAGACAAAGGUGUUCAAUUUAAAGUAAAUCUAUCUGCAGAUUUUGCUGUAUUUUUGCCAGGAAUUUGGGAUUGUUGUUAUUUCAUAAGUAUGGUAGAAAUGAUGAGCAGUGGAGUUAGUGCUUAACAGAUGAGCAGUGGAGUUAGUGCUUAACAGAUGUGAAGACUGAGGACUUCAACCAACAGCUGGUAGCUAUUGGAUUCUAGCAGCUGCCAUUCAAAAUCAGAUGUUGCACUGCUGCCAAAAAUCUGAAAAAUCUCUACAAUUGAAGAAUCCAUAAAUUCACGGCAUAUUGAAUGAACAGUGCAAUAAUAUUCCUGGAAACUUGACCAUCAAAAGGUUUUUUUUUUAAAUAAAAACUUACUUUAGAAAACAAAAGCAAUAGAAUCCUAGAUAGAAUUAAUUUAGGUUUAUACUCAUGGUAGAAAGGUUUGUCUUGGCUGUUCUUCCAUGUAUUUUCACAUGCAAAAAUCACCCAUAGGGUAGGACUGUAGCUCAGUGAGAAGUGCAAUUUUUUUUGAUAUCAGAUUUUAAAUAAUUAUAAUUUAGACCUAGAUAUUUAAGUUUGGAAAUACAUUAUGAUAGGCCAAGCUUGGCCAAACUUCAUAUACUUUUUUUUUCUUCUAUGGAAAUGCUUUUGGAAUGCUUGGAAGUCAAUAGUGCUUUUGUAUCCUACUCCAUGGAUUCAUCUGAAAUAUUUAUUGCAGUCUACCUCCUAAACAGUGUAGAACAGGAUUCAAGACUUGCUGACUCAAGAGCAGAGAUCUAGAAGAAAUCACCUGGAGCAUCAGAAGUCUCCAAAUCUGAGCUAGAUGAUUCAUUAUAAAGCAAUUCUUGUGACAUUGUGGUAAAAUUAAAUAAAGCAACUACUUUUAUUAGAGGUAGCAAGCGACGAAUAAUACAGAGACAUCUCUUAAUUCAGUUAUUAGGUAGUAACUUCUACCUGAUCUCAACACAUUUUUAAUUACAUCGUUGUUGCUACUGGAUUGUACAUUAUACCUGUUUCUCAUUCCAGUAGAAAAAUGUCUUGGGGAUGAAUCAGACUAAAUGAUUCACUGUGCAAAAUCCCCCAAACCCAGAUGCUGGCAACCAUUCAGAUUCAGAAAUCACUUUAAUACAAUUCUUUUGAGAGGUAGUCAGGGUUACCAAUUCUUUUUGCAAGCUAUCCAGCAGCAACAUUUCCCCUGUUUUAAUUAAAGUUUUUUUUUAUUAAGGAGUUUCCGUUUUCACUAAAGGAAUUCUUUUCACUGCAGCCUUUCAUAACCACUUGGCCCUUGCUGCUGUUCAUCAUCCAACAUUUGCCAGACUCAGACCACCUACUAUAUCUCAUAAACAAAAUUUGCACUCUGCUUUUAAUCUCGUUAUUAGUUCUCCCAUCAAUCAUUUGAGGCCAUGUUUUGCAUCAAAUACAUCAAAAUGCUGGGUUUGCAUAUUUAAAUUAGCAAUAUUUAUUAAUCCCAUGGCAGCAACAGAUCAAAAUAUCUGUAGCCCAAAUAUAAAAUUCCGAAUUGUGGGGAAAGAAAGGGAAAAAAAUACGUUUUCCUUCAGGAGUGAGGUCCUUUGGUAAUGUUCUCUUUUAGAAAAAAAAGCUAAUAAUCUGAUAAAAGCAAGGUAAUUGCAGGCUAGCCACACUUUUCAGAGAAGAGAGAGUAGUUGAAAAAAAAGAACAGGGUAUUCAAGAAAAAUUUUUCUUGCUUGAAAAGCUAAUCAGUGUUUAAAUGCUUUUAUAGCUUUAGUUGUCUGUUGCAAUAUUUGCUAGGUGCUAAUUUUAGGCAGAUUUUAUUUUCCUGAGCUCCAAGAUCGCCUCAGAGGUGGACUGCAGCCAAAAGAUUAAAAGACGCUCCUGGGGAGGAAAGCUAUGGCAAAUCUAGACAGCAUACUAAAAAGCAGAGACAUCACCCUGCCAACAAAAGUGCGUAUAGUCAAGGCCAUGGUUUUCCCAGUUGCAAUGUAUGAAUGUGAAAG